CCUCUUAUCCCCUCUGCUUUUAUCUGUAGCACAGUGACUGCUUCUCUUUCUCUCUUUCUGUGGCUCUUUGGUUUGUCAAAAGAGACCGAACAGACAUUCUAAGAAGACACGGCAAAGACUAUGCAGAAACUACAAGAAGAAAAAGAAGCCUCCCCAGCAGCCUUUUCGGUGAUCCAUAGCCUCCGAUAUGGCUCGUGAGCUCGUACGGGAAGCCGCCGGGAAGAUGACCAAGCUGUGCCGGAGGGUCGUCCAGGUCGACCUGAUCAGGUGGAGGAUAAUCAGGCGGGUUGCGGUUGUCCGGGACUUCUUCCGGUUCAUAUGGGAGCAGCUCGUGGCGUGCUCCACGGGGCGGCCGGCUGCAAGGUACCGGCGGCUCGCCCGCCGCCGCAGCCCCGCCUCUCUGCUGCAGGAGGCCGGCAGCUCAGGCUCAGGACUGGAAGGGACUUCCCCGAGGGUCGACGAUGGGUUCGAGUCGGAUUCGGAUUUGGUUCCCCUGAAGAUCAGUUUGUUGGGCGAUGGGCAGAUUGGCAAAACAAGCUUUGUGAUUAAGUAUGUGGGAGAUGAGCAGGAGAAGAGGAGCCUGCAAAUGGCAGGAUUGAAUCUGAUGGACAAAACAUUAGUUGUCCAAGGUGCUAAGAUUUCUUUUAGCAUUUGGGAUGUUGGAGGUGACAACAAGUCGAGCAAUCAUCUACCAAUAGCUUGCAAGGAUGCAGUGGCAAUUUUGUUUAUGUUCGAUCUCACGAGUCGUUGUACGCUAAACAGUGUUAUUGAGUGGUAUAAGCAAGCAAGGAAGUGGAACCAGACUGCAAUUCCAGUAUUAAUCGGGACCAAGUUCGAUGAUUUUGUUAGACUUCCCCCAGAUUUGCAGUGGACGAUCGUUACACAGGCUCGGGCUUAUGCUAAAGCAAUGAAGGCGACGCUAUUUUUCUCGAGCACGACACACAACAUAAACGUGAACAAGAUAUUCAAGUUCAUCAUGGCCAAGCUAUUUAACUUGCCUUGGACAGUGGAGAGGAACUUGACAAUCGGAGAACCCAUCGUAGAUUUCUGAGCAGGCAAAAACAUGUAUCAAUGUACUGUUUGCGUACAUAUCUUACAGCCCAGAAGGUUGAAGGAGGGAAAAAAAGGAGAAAUUUAAUUAAAUAAAACUAGUAUAAUUUCUUUUUCUUUGACAAAUGUACAGUAAGAAAAAAAGGGUAAUUUCGUAUUUCCCUUUUCUAUUAUGCUCGUCUACUUAAUUGAAGUUUUCUCCACAUUUUCUCCAA